AUUCGCUUCAGGUGAUUCAGGACUGGAUGUAUAAAAGGCGCGGACUGUUCCCCGAGGUUUCACAGAGGUUCAGACCGUCGUGCAGUUGACUAGUGCAAGUUCGCCACAUCAAGAUGAAAACUAUUAUCCUUUUCCUCGGUUUCGUCGCUUUCAUUGAAAGUGCUUACGGCCUUACCUGUCCCUGCCACACUGACAAAAGUUUCACCUGCGUUGACGAACCUAAGGAAGAGAGCUGUUCGUAUGGAAGGAUAAAAGACGCCUGCGAGUGUUGCCUGGAAUGUGCCAGGGGACCGGGUGAGGAAUGCGGAGGACCGUGGGGCGUGACUGGCACUUGUGCAGAAGGGUACACAUGCGUGAAGGUACCCGGAGGGUAUGAGGACAGUAUUGGCUUCGAUGGCAAAUGCCACAACGCCACCGAAGUCACUACCACUACCCCGACAGAACCUGCAUCUACGACCACGCCUUCCUCGACCACGACAUCCUCAACCACGCCUCCAGCAAAGUAGAUUCCGGGAGUCAGCCGAAGCACUCUGACUGCUCCAUCAUCUUGAUGAUCCCGAAGCUACCGAAAUGUUCAGACCCCGUUUUAUAUUGUUAAAGCACUCUGGAUUCACGCUCGCUUGAUACAUCCUAAUCAGGGUUAGCUUCGAUAUUAUGGUACGGAUUGUUGUUUUCUACAGACCUCUGUGUUGGUUGUGGCUAAAAUUGCAAGGUCCGACUUCGUUAUUCCACCAAAAUUCCAACUAAACGGAAGCAUAAGCAGAGAAGUUUUGAGGACUUCAAAAUUAGAGAUGUAGCCACUGUGUGCGUGUACCCCGAAUCAUUUCACUUCUCUUUAGGUGGUCGAAUGAGAAACAUUGGUUUGUUCUGGCUAUGCACUGCAAAACCAAAUUACAAUUGUUGCUUCGACGAAAAAAAGUAAAUAAAGAAACCAAAAACUUUUUCCAA